GUUGAAGUGACGAUGGAGAAGAAGCUUCUUGAUCUUCAACAAACUCCAAAUCCACCGCAGAUACAUGAGCUUCCCUUCUCUCUCCUACCAUACCCUCAGAUGAUUAUGGAAGCGAUCGAAGCGUUGAAGGAAUGCAGCAAAACGGCGAUUGUAAAGCAUAUCGAGUCAUCUCUGACACAUUUGCCACCGUCUCACCUAACACUUCUCAACUACCAUCUCAACCUGAUGAAACAGUCUGGGCAGAUCGUGUUUGUUAGAAACAAUUACAUGAAACCUGAUACUUUGAAGUCAGAACCUCAAGAAGAUGAAAGCCACGUGGCGGUCACGUCUCAUUCCCUAAGGCCUAGAGGUCGUCCUUCUAAGUCAAAGGAGGUACCACCGAGAAGACAACGAGGACGACCACCGAAGACGGUUAAAGGCGAUGACGGAGCGAAAAAUGAGGGUAAUAACGGUGUGGUGCGUCGAGGGCGUGGAAGGCCACCGAAAGUGAAACUUUUGAGCGAGCUUACCGACUAAGCUUAGAUUAUAAACUUUUGUGUUAUUUUAGUUUUAGGGGGUUGAGUAGAGUAAGAUGACAUUUUGAGAAUGUAAUUCGACUUUGCAUGUGGUGUUCAUGUAUAAAGUUAUGAGUCUUUAUCCUUUUCUUGCUGAAAAAAAAACAAAACACACAUUUGAUUUGAUUUUGUAAAAAGGAUUGACAAUCUGAA